GGCCAAUAGUUAUUUCAUCGAAAGCUAAAACGCCGAAUCCCUAUGACCUAUGAGCGUUCUUGGAGCCGCGCUUUACCCCCAACAUUGCUCCCAAUCAGAUUUUCGUGUAUAGCUAUUGCCCGGCGCUGCUAAAAAAUUUCGGGCCAACGAACGACUAGAAUCUUCUCCAGUAAAAAUAAACAUAUCACAAAAACUACAAAAAAAAAUCUCGACGGGAAGGAUGGGAGCGCCAAAAACAGCAUUUUCGGGUUGAGCAAGUAUUGCCACUACGUGUUUUGCAAUUACUCAUUGUGUGCUAUUUGAUUCGGAGUGGGACUCCUCAAACAGUAUAAAAACCCCUGAAAAGAAGAGGUGCAACAUCUGCAACUGGGAUUCAUCUUGCUGCUGCUGCCAGCUUCGCAAUGCGUACCUCCCCGUGGAUUGUCGUGCUUGCUCUCCUCGCGCAAGCUUCUGCUGGAGUCUCGAAAGGUCAGAAUGAAGAUGCUGAAAAAAUUGCCAUCUUUGAUAUAGAGGAUAUCACAAAAGAAUACACUCUGGAAGCACUGGUGGCAGAUGCCAAUUACACAGAAACGGAAAUCUUGCUGUCGAACUUCGAGAGCACCACGAAUUCUGGAGUUGCUCCAACCAGUGCCACACCGAUCUAUCUCAACGGAACGGAUGAAAACGGAAGAAUUUUGGGAGGAACACUUAUUGCUGCUCCUGCUGAAUUAGUGGAGCCACUCAAUUCCUAUAUCUUCGUUCAAUCCUCGAAUGCUGCUGCUGUUAUUAUAAGUAGCUGUGGUGGUGUAUUGUUGACAUCCGCUUGGGGGUUGACAGCCGCUCACUGCGUCGCGCUGGCUACAGAUAUUCUUGUAGUUGCUGGGGAGAUUGAUGAUCCGGCAGCAGCUGUAGGCGGCAUAACAAGUGCAGCCACGGCAAUAAUUCAUCCCCAAUUUGUACUGAACUUCUUGAUAAAUGAUAUUGCUCUGCUUAGUCUAGCCACGCCGUUGGCAAUUGGUGGAGUUGUCGGGACAGCUAAACUGUCGCUCGUCAAACCCACCGCUGCGUUGAACAAUAUUAUGUUUAGGACACUGGGAUUCGGUCCUAUUGAUGAGAAUGCUUUCCUGAGCGCGGGGUCAACACUGAAUUUUGUCGAUAUGCGGAAUAUGAAUAAGGCAACGUGCAACGCACAGACAGCACCAAUUUACGUGUUGUACCCUGGAAACACGGGAUGUUUGAACACCGCUUCCGGAACUAAAGGAAUCUGCAAUGCUGACCCUGGUGGACCUGUUUUCCACACAGCCCCGAAUGAUGACGUCGGGAAAGUUAUUGGCAUCAACUCUCAAAUUGUGGGCUGCCCACGUCAACAACCCAGCUCGUUCACCUGGAUCUUUCCCUUCAUUCCCUGGCUCAGAGCCAAGACUCUCAAAACAUUGACGUCGUAAUGCUGCGUACAUCAUCAUUAUUUAUUCGUGGUAUUGGAAGGCGGGACCCAAAUAAAUAAUUGUUCAUUGAAAUGA